GUAGGCAUCAAUUAUAAUUGUUAUUCCUGACUAGAUACCUACUUAACCUGCCCAGGUACAUGGUUACAUACCUAGUUCAGGUAUCAUCUACAUGUAGUACCUACAUAUGUACAUAUAACUGCCGAAUCUCCUCACGUUGGAGACGGCUAGGGGUCUGCGGCAAGGCGCGCUAGUAACCCCUUUUCCUCCUAUUCCGUCUUUACGUACAUAACAUAUAUAUCUAUAUAGAAAAUUCCCUAGUGCAACUUGAUUUAAACAAGAGCCCCUGCCUACAUUUCAUCAUUUGCACCUAAGUAAAAACACUAACGGCUUAACAAUUUCGGGUGACGCCGUUUAGCAAGCCCGAGUCUUUACCAGCCGCUCCCCUCUCCCCACCCCCGGCCACACCUCACGACAGGAUGGCCUCGCCAGCAACCGCAAAGCCACUGACGGUGCGGUGCCAAUGCGGGCACGUGUCGUUCCCGACGCCGACGGCGCAGCCGCUCUCGCUCUUCUACUGCCACUGCACCGAGUGCCAGAAGCAGACGAGCUCCGCCUUCGGCACCUCCGCCAUCUACCCCGCCUCCGGCCUGUUUCCCCUGCCGCCCCAGCUCGCCGCGCGCAUGCGCGUCUUCCGGCGCGCCCCCCACGCGACCAACGGCCGCAGCCAGGACUGCUACUUCUGCGCCGAGUGCGGCUCCCGCUUGCUGCAUCGCAUUGUUGAUGCUGAUGGGAGGGCGAGGGACACGGUCAGUGUUAAGGGGGGCUGCAUCGAGGGCCUGGAGUGGAGGUGGGAGACGAGCAUGCAUAUUUUUGUCCGCUCGGCGGUCAUCCCGCUGCCUGAGGGGUUCGAGACGUAUGAGACGAUUCCGGCGUGGAUGCAGAAGUCGCUGGAUGGCAAAUAGUUGAUUGGAGUUAUUUGCUUAUAAGCCACCAUAUGUUAGGUAUGUAUGUACUAUGUAUCGCCGAUUGUUGUGGCGUUUGUGUACAUGUACAUAGUAUGUAAAUAGGUAGUGCAGCAGGUGUAAUGAUCGGAGGUAUGUAAAGUACCUAUGAGGUCAUCGAUCUACAGGAACGGGAACACUGUGAAACCAAAUCGACGAAUAAAAGUAAAAGAACCCGCCACUCAGCUCUCAAUUUAUACACACC